ACUGACACGAGUGCCAUUCACAAUCUCGUAAACGAUACCAAUGACCUUGUGAAUGCGAAAGGGAACUUGUUUGAGUCAAAGUUGAAGGUCAGUACGUAUGAUAAGAUUAUCGCUCACGAGUCAGUAUCAACUGAUGAAGAUCCAAUAGCAAGUCCAACCGAAUCUGCUAGAAAAAGAAAACACAGUGAGGAAGAAUAUGGAUUAAAGACACCGCCACUCAGAUCUCCAAAUAAAGACGCUCUUAUUCAUACUCCGAAUAAGCGUCAGAUGUAUAAUGAUGAAGUUAUUCGCUAUCUUGAUGCAAUGGGACAGUCUUUGAAAUACAACAAAGUUCACGUUCAGACACCGCCUAUGUGGACCAAAAUUGAGAGCUAUCUUGAAAAUGCUUUGAAGAAAUCGGGAGAAAAUUUUAAGGAGGCUAUUAUGCUAAAGAUUGAGGGAGACGAUGAGAACAAGCUUCGCCUAUAUUGCGAAAAGAUAUUGAUGGAUUUUUACAACCUGGUAGAUGUUUUUCCAACUCUUUCAAGAAAAAUUGGAGAGAGAAAAUAUAUCGUACAAAAUCUAUCUUCACUUUUUAAAUUUUAUGAAACAACAUUCGGAAAUAUAACCAUCGACUGGAUUGAAUCUCACUCCCUAUCAGCAAAAUUGACGAAAUCACCCACCAGCUCCGGAAUUGUUAAGUUGGAUGCGAAGGGGGUCCGAUCGUUUGAUGAUAAAGAAAUAUGGCAUAUGGAGGUUGCUGGUUCACCAUCAUCACCAACAACAGAUCAUGCAGUUGGCGACACAAAGAAGUCAUUGCAUAGUGAUAUCUUAAAUCUUGUUGCACUCUUGCUUGACCACUUGGAUAUUCCUGUAAAGACUGCGAUGAAUAUAAAGGUGUUCAGUUUGCAAGCCAUUGGAUAUCGAAUCACACUAUAUUCACUUAACGUAACGAAUGAUGGUUCCUUUUUGGCAUCCGAACUAGCUUCUGCUAUAAUUCCCUUCUCAUUUGAAG